UAUGAAUCUGAAAUAUGCCAUCAAAUCCUCUCUCACUCCUCACCCACAUAUAUUCAACUCAAACAAAAAUAACUAAAAACCCGAUAAAUAUUUACAAUUCUAUUCAAGAAUUAAACAAUAAUUUUUUUUGAGAGACAUCGAAAUGAAUUCCUUCGCUACCGAUCCGCUUUCAUUGGACUACGAAUUGGCGGAUCUGACAUGGGAAAACGGCCCGCUCGCCGCGUAUGGCCUCGGCGCGUCGUGGGAAAAGCCGCCCCUGCGCCCGGCCGACACGCUGGAGUCCAUAGUCGACCAAGGCACGUGCGGCAAGCUAGUUCCGUGGCUCGACCACAGUGGCGGAGGCAAAAACGCCUCCGCCUUCGUGGCCAGUAUGGACGCGCUCGUGCCAUGCCACAACGGCGGGAGCGACGGCCCCGAGAACUGCGCGGAGGUGCCGGGGAACGGCGCGUGCACGGUGGGGUCGUGCAGCGGCGUGGGCCGGGGCUCGUGCACGUGUUACACGAGCGCCAGCCCGAGCGACACGUGCGGCGGCGGCGGGAGUGACAGCGCGCCGCUGACGAUGGAUUCAUGCGAGAGAGACUUUGGCCUCACGUCCACCUCUCUCUGGUCGCCGGAAAAUACCAGCUCCGGCGAAGAUUACACCAGGACUUCCGGCGAUGAAAACGACACCGUUUAUUGCAGUAGAUCACAGGGUCAGGCAGGGAAAAAAGAAAACAGAAAAUUGGGAAUUAGAAAAUCCUCAAUUUCAGCUAAAGUUAGGGCAGCUGCUAUUCACAACCAAUCUGAGAGAAGAAGAAGGGACAAAAUUAAUGAAAGAAUGAAGACAUUACAGAAGUUGGUCCCAAAUUCCAGCAAGACUGACAAAGCCUCAAUGUUGGAUGAAGUUAUAGAUUACAUGAAACAAUUACAAGCACAAGUGAAUAUGAUAAGUAGGAUGACCAUGCCAUCUAUGAUGAUGCCAUUAUCGAUGCUUCAAAUGUCUAUGAUGACUCCAUCCAUGGGCAUGGCCAUGCCUAUGCCCAUGCCCAUGCAUAGGAUGGGAGUUAUCGACAUCGGUCGCGCCAUUGGAAUGCCGCCCAUGAUGCCAUCCGCCGCGGCAUUCAUGUCGAUGCCGCCGUGGGACAUCCAACCUCCGGCGCCCACGCCGGAUUUCUUGUCCAACUACUUUGCUACUCAAUCUCAACCAAUUAUGACGAUCGACGGUUACACCAGAUUGGCAGCUUUGUAUGAACAGUUUCAACAAAGGAUUGGCUUUAAAAAAUAAAAAUAUGGAAGAUAAUAGAGUGAUAGUACUAUAUAGAUGGAACUCUUUCCUUAUGGUGUGCUUCAUGUUGAAACCAUGUUUGUUCCAACUUUAACUUGAUUGUUGUGUGAUGGAUUGAGUAGGAUCUUUUCAUUCGGAUUCUAAUAUGUGUAGUUUAUGUGAGUUAUGGUUGAAAAUAAAGUGCACGUGCUCGUGCUCGUAUUGCUCGCAAAAUAA